AUUCUCUGAGAGAAUGCCACUGUUAACAUUUCUCAGCGCUGUUAGCAUGACGACGAGACCUAACAUUUCGUAUCUUUGAAAUACAUAUCGGUGAAGUCCCCAGUUUCAGUUCCAAGUUUCAGUAGAUUUCGGGACAUCGUGCGGAUCGAACGCUGGGUUCACGCGACUCGUACGUUGCAGGGAAUCAGUAAGCAGUUACCAGUGACCAAGUGACUAGUGACCGAGUGAUUCAGUGAUUCAGACAGUGAACGAAUAACAUCCCGAGAAGAAUUGUUGCAUAUAUAGGGAAUCGCAUGGAUAUUGGAAAAAGAUAUAUGAAGAAGAUGCGAAGGCUCGACUCCUGACAGAGUCCAGACCUAGAUCCCCCAGUCCAGUAACGAGUCCUUGGCCAGGACAAAGGGCCACUUGAUGAGGGACCGAAGCACGCUGAUCUGAUUUGCAGGAUUGAACAAGGGCGAACGAUAUAACCAUAACUGGAAUAGCAGAAAAAGUAAUUUGGAAUUGUGAAUGCAACGGAGGAGGGAACGAGAGCGCUGCAAAUUGUGUACAUAUUUUGUCUCUGUCUGUUUCCGGUCGCCUGCUAUGGUGUAAGUGUGUAUCGGUGUUCGUAUCUGUGUCUAUCUCUCUGUGUGUGUGUAUAUUUCGUGUAAAUAAAUGCAAUGCAAAAACCGAAACAGAAACGGCAACAUCACAAGAAACAGGAAUAACAAGCGAAAUGGCAAAAAGUGCAGUUAAGCGUGGAAAUUGCAUUAAAAAUUGAGCAAAAAAUUGUGAAAACACAAAAAAAAAAGAAAAGCGAAAAGCGUCGAAAAGACAAAAAACGGAACAAACAAAGACGCAAACGCUGAAGUUAACGAGCGCUAAAAAGCAAAAAAAUAAAAACAUAAAGCAAAAAGAAAACUCAAGCCGCCAAAAGGAAGAGUAAAGUUUUGAUUGAAAUUUUCACUGUGCUUUCAUCCUUUUCGGGAUUGUGUAAAUUUCUGAUUAAGCAACUAGACACCAUCAACAAACGUAAAAUAAUACUGCCUCCGAAAAGGAUUUUCCCACAACUUAACCUAAUAUCAAAUAUAAAAUAUCAAAUAUCGAAGAACUUUUCGUAAUCGAGCAACAAAGCACUUGGCAGUUCGUGUUUCCCUUUUGUUUGUCAUGACAGUUCGGGCCUACAUUCUGCUAUAUUUUUUAUUGUUUAUGCACAGUUGCGGUUCUCCUAACCAUAAACACAACUGACUGAUAUCGCAAAAUUGAGCCGUGGAAACUGAAAUUCAAGUGAGUCGUGCAGUAAAAGUCAAAGUCAGCUGGCUAAAGGCAGAAGGCAGGCCCCACCUAAAGUCCAAACAAAACACCACUCCACCCAGAAAGUCGGGUCGUUGACAAAGUAACGCAUUUAGUGAUAAGAGCCAAACGACUUUGGCAAAAUGAGCAGCCAAAACAGGAGCAAAAGUAGCUGGAGGAGCACAGGGAGCACAAGGAACCCAAGCUGGAGCUGGCGAAGCACGGAGAUGGUCCAACUAUUGCUCCUUAUCGUCAUCGCAGUCGCAUCAUGUUUGCCGGGAAUCAAGGGAUUCCAGAGAUUCUCGGAGCAACCCAAGUACACAGAGGUGAAUCCCGCCGAGGAUACGCUGCUCACAUGCAAAGUUAUCGACAAGCGCGGCACGUGCUCCUGGCAAAAGGAUAACAAGCCCGUUGGCAUCUAUACCAAGAAAUACGAAUGGGCCUCACGUAUGCCGUCGAGCGACAAUGGGAAUGUCCUGCAUUUGGACCUCCAUCCGCCGCCGGUGCAACUUGGUGGCGACUGUUCUCUGUGGAUCCGUUCAGCCACGUUGGACUUUGACGACGGGUUGUGGGAAUGCCAAGUGACGGCCAGUGACUUCACCACCCAGGAUGCCCUCACCAGCCAGCCGGUGCGACUUGUCGUACGUGUGGCGCCACAGCGGCCGAGACUCGAAUAUGAGGCGGUACACGUGCCGCCAGGACACAACAUCACUGCAGACGCCGGUGCUCUGGCGACGGUCAAGUGCGUCUCGCAUUACGGCAAUCCGCCAGCCACUCUCAAAUGGUUUUUGGGCGACCAGGAGAUAUCACCCAUCCACCCGCAAAUGAAUGCCACCGAGCCGGAUAAUCCACGCACCUGGUCGGCCACCUCGGUGGUGCAGGUGUCGGCGAUGCGGGAACGUCACGGAGAUAUCCUGCGGUGUGCCGCCUACCAUGAGUCCUACACGGCCAAAUCGGUGGUGGUGGAGGCCCGGUUGGACGUGAAAUACGCGCCGAGCAUCCGUCUAAUUGGCUCGCCGGAAAUCGACUUGGAGGAGGACAAGGAUGCCCUGGUCCUGCGCUGCGUGGCCGAUGCCAAUCCGCCAGCUAGCAUCGUCUGGCGGCGGGCAGGUCGCUCUGAGAUAGCCAGCUUGCAGGAAACUCUGCAAUUGCGUCCCGUCGGACGUCGCGAUGCCGGAUUGUACACCUGCCAGGCUCAGAACUCGGUGGGCACCUCUGAGCAGCUGUCGGUGCAGUUGGAUGUGAAAUAUCCUCCCAAAAUUAUUUCAGCUGGUCCGGAUCGACUCACCACCGCCCCGCUUUUUAGUCCUGCCGCCUUUGAGUGCCUGGCUGAUGGUAAUCCCCUGCCAUCCUUUAAAUGGGUACAGAGAAUGGCCCAUGGAUCCAAGUACGUUGAGCGCGGUUCUGAAUCCAGAUUGGUUAUCGACAACGUCACCUAUGAGUACCAAGGCGAGUACGAGUGCCGGGCGACCAGCUAUAUCAAUGGCCAGGAACGGGUGGCCAUAUCCGAUCCGGUGUCGCUGCAAGUUGUGGGUGCCCCGCAGGUGCUGCGACUGCAUCCAUCCUUGCAUACCGUCUCGGUGAAACGUGGAGAGGCAGCCAGUUUGACAAUGGUCGUCUGUGCGGAUCCGCGGCCACAACGCGUCGCCUGGGAAUGGGGAUCUCUGCGUCUGGAGGCUGGCUCGGGCAUCGAUCGCUUCCGGGCCGAUGACAUGCAGCCGGACACUCGUGAGGACUGCUACCUGUCCACCCUGCACAUCCUUCAUGCGGAUGAGCACGACUCAAGGCCCUACUACUUGGUGGUGGAGAACGAGCGGGGCACCGAUCGUCAUGCCAUACACCUGAUUGUGGAGGGUACGUUUGCAGAACCCUACGAGAUGAGCUAUCUGAUGGGCGUGGCCGGGGGAUGCAUGGCCGCUAUCCUUUUGCUGAUUUGCCUCUGUAUCUAUGCGAUCAAGAGCAAGAGAUGCUGCUUUAAGGGUUCCACGGGCUAUAAAUCAUCGGAUAAAGACAGCGAGAAAGCUGAUUUGAAAUCACGCUCGGAUAGCACGAGUGGCCCUCAAGGUGAUUCGAUUUACACCACGCCGGCGGGCUUCCAUCAUCACCAACAGCAGCAGCAGCAACAGCAACAACAGCAGCAGCAGCAGCAACAACAGCAACACGCAGCAGCAGCAGCAGCAGCGGCUCUACAUGCCGCAUCCCAACAUCCGCAGCAACAGUACCCGGGACAUGGAUCGCCGGAGGCAAUGAAGUUGAAGGUCAAAAUAUACGAAACCGAGCGUUUGCAGACGCCAAUUAAAAUUGAAAUAAAGAAGUCGAGCCAAGAUCUGGCUAAGGCCAAAGAUGUGACCGAUAUUUGAACCAAGUCGAAAAUGAUUUUUCGUUGGGCCAACAAUUAAAUGCAAUGUAUAAAUGUAUGCACCUUGUAUUAAUUUAUUUUUAUGUAUAAAUAAAUUUAUUUAAUAUUAUUAAUCUUAGUCUUGAUUUUAGCAAACGCAACUGAUAUGAUUUCAAUAAAAUGAAUCUGAUUUUUGUAAUCCAAUUAUGUAUUUUCUUUAUUUAUUUAUUUAUACUAACUAAAUGCAACUCCUAACAGUUUUACUCACCCCUCUGUCAAGUUUAAUAUCUUGCACCAAGUUCUUACGAUUGUUUAUUUAAGUUGGGAUGGUUUUCCACUUAUUAAGCCCCUGCAGGUCGUGUUUUUAGUAUUUUACUAAUCAUAAUCACACUUUAAUCUUAGAAACAAGAAUUGGGAUUAAGAAAUAAGCCGUUCUUACUUAGUAAAAAUUUCUUAUUAGUUAAAAAUUCAUCUGGAGCUUAGGUCUUAAACCCCUGAUACGUAUCCAUAACUUAUAGAGGAAGUACAUAAAUUUAAACUUAUGAAAAUGCAGAAAUCCCUUGAUUAGAUUAGUAGAGAACCUUGAAUUACCGUCCCUGCAGAAAGUUAGUUAAACUGGCCAAUAGUUAGAUACUCUCUUUAACCCCCCCCCCUUACUCCCAAAACUCACAUAUGUAUGUAACUAUUUAGUUUUAAAUAUCCAUAUUAUAUUCCCAGUUUUCGCUCUAGCUCUCUGUCUCGUGUUUGUGGCAUUUUGUCUACUUUGUUUGUACUUCAUUUAUAUAGCAAUCUUCAUGGAAUUGUUUAAGCAAAACAAAACUGAAAACAAAAAGCCGGCAAACAAAUAAGUUAUAUAAAUAUUUAUACAAUAAUUAUUAAUAAUGCAGAGCAAGUAAUUUAUAGAAAAUGCAAAAAAGAAAAAAAAGAACAAAAAAGCAAACAAAAAACCCAAUACCGUUGAGGGGAAGAAAGAAGAAGGAAGAAAGCAUAAGUAACACAUUAUGAAUGAAACAAAUUUAUAACGAAUAAAAACAAUUUAAUUGCGAAUGCGUGUGUGCGUGUUAAUAUUUAUUCAUACUCGUAUUCACAUGCAUUCAGUUUUGUGUGCCUUAAUACUUUUGCAGUUGAGUUUUCCCAUUAAUAUUGCAUUGGGCAUUAUUAUUAAUAUUGAUUUCGUUCAUUGUAUUUCCCACUUUGUCGAUGUGUGCGCCUCGUGUGUGUGUGUGUAUGCGUACGCAAAUGCGUGUGUAUGUGUGUGUGUGUGUGUGCCAUGUGCCUUGUGCAAACGUUUGGAUAAUUUUCUCUUUGUAUGUAUGGAUGGAUAUGAAACAAUAAAACAUGUUUUUUUCUCUCCCCAUUCCCCCUCCUUAUGUUUUUUUCUCCGUUGAGUUCUGAUUUAUUCAUGAGAACGCAGAGCUCUCAGUUUUCCCCUCAGCACCCCUUUUUACUACCCGCCCCGCGUUAUGAAUUUUUUAAAGCUCUGCGCGCAGACUACCACUCAGCAUCCAUCCAUCCAUCCAUUCACUGUUAGUUGAUUGAAUACCAAUACUCCCACAUACACAGAGAUUGUCGCGUUUAGUAGAUACAAAUACUUAUAUAUAUAUAGAUACAAAUCGAUCUUGGAUCUCAUCAGCUGGCCACGCCCACUUUGCGUGACACAAAAACCAAAUGAAAAAACACCGCCCAACACUCACUCCACCAACACUCUGACCACUUGGCAUUUGCUUCAAUUUGAAUUUGUAUAUGACUUUGAAUGCAAAACCUUUUCUUUAAGUAAUGUCUGUGAUUUGUGUUAACCGAACUUAGUAUACUAAUAAUCAUUCACCAAUUUCCACGUAUGAGAUUCUUUUCAAGCGGUACCCAAAAAUAUAAGAACACCGAAGUGAAGGCCACCGGAAAGAAGCGAGGAUUCGGCUAGAGAAAAGCUUUUAAAACCAAAAAAAAAGAAACCAAUUCUUCCGACAUAGGAAGCAGUUAACCAAAAAAAAUAUAAAAGAAAGUCCUGCAGAAGUAUUAACAAUUUUUAGAGCUUUUAAAUUAAAAGUACAUUUUUGUUUUUAAGUGUGUUUUUAGUUUUGAUUACGUGGACUUGGUGAGCAAACCCCAUCCAGCCAGAAAACCCCUCGUCUUGCUCCUCUCUCUCUCUCACUCUCUGUCUCUUGUCUCUCUCUCUCUAUA